GAGGAGGAGGAGGGGCGGGGCUUCAGGCGCUUCCUCUCACCGCACAACAGGAGCGACUCACCUGCGUGACGUCACCAGGGUGGUCCGCCAGGAAGUGCGGGAGUAUGGAGCUGAUCUCUUCAUGGUCUCCGGACACCGUGAGGGGCUACCUACAGGGUCUGGACCCCUCAGUGCAGCAGUACCCCUUCCAGGGGUGGACGAUCACAGGACAGGAUCUGCUGGACCUGAGCCCCCAGCGCCUUGAUGCCCUAGGAGUCUGGAGUAUUGGGCACCAGGAGGUCUUUUUGGAGGCUGUGGAGCAGCUGUGCACCUUGCACUAUGAGUUACACAGUGAAACUCUGAGGUCUCUCACUGACAAACUGUAUCGAGUUUCCCAAAUAUUAUGCUCGCACAUCCUCAGAAAGGCCUCCUCUGUUUCCCCCUCUUUGGCUCUGUCUCCCACUCAGAAACAGCUGGCUUGCAUCAUAGAUAUUGUAUCUUCAGCACGAGGUCUCUUCUCCUGGCUCAACAGGUAUCUGUUCACACGGUUGAAUGAUUACUCCGCUAGCCGAGAUGUUAUUGCGCUGUGUGUUGAGCUGGCAGAAGUGCUGCAUAAGGACUGGUCAGAUCCACUCAUUGAGAACAGGAUUCUAGCAAUUUGUGAAAGUAUUUGUGGAAUAUGUAGGAGUAUUCUGAAUUGCAGUCCAGAGAGUCUCCUUAGUCAGACUGCAACACUUGAGCGUGUGCAGAUUUAUCCAGAGUCUUCAAGCAGUUUGGGUCUUGAAUUCAAAUCCACGUCUUCUGGACAGCAUUUUGUCUCCCGGAUAACACCUGAGUCUCCAGCUCAACGCUGUGGCCAAGUCUUCCCAGGAGAUGAAAUUAUUAAAGUAAAUGACCAGGUGGUGGUUGGAUGGACACCGAGGAACUUGGUGUUGAAACUACAGGAAAGACCAAAUUGUGUGGAUAUAGUUUUAAAGAAAGUUACUAUCUCCCAGUCUAAACCUCCUAUAUCUCCUCCAGUCCAAAAGAAAGUUCGUGGAAGACCCACAUUGUCAGCCUCACGCAGAGAUCCACGCUUCCCAUCUGUGACUAGUAUACCUUCCUCUCCAACUGAACAGCAUGGUGCUUCCUUUGCCACACACACAAGUCUUCUGCCAGCAUACAGUGCACCCCCUGUACUAACGGGCAACUCGCUAUCAUCUGUACAACCAAAGUCUCAAAUUACUUCAUCACUGAAACACCUUUCUGAAGCAAACAAACAUCCAUCCAGUGAACUUUUCCCACAGACUCAUAAUACCUGGCCAAGUUCUGGCCCACCACCAUAUGGCAAGACUCCUGCCUCCUCAAUUUUCCUUCCAACCUCUAGUCCUGCACACCUGAGCCACCAAAAUACAAUGUCUUCAACCAUAUAUGCCAAAGCCCUCACUCCUAUGUCUCAGAUUUCUGUAGAAUUUAAUCGCCAGGAAUUAGAGGACAUCUCCAUCUCCCGUCAAAGGAGUGGGUCAGACUCUAGCUCCAAAUCCUCAGUCAGCCAUUUAUAUGUCCCUAUAUCUCCUGGUGUACUGAGGUCUUCAGUGUCUGAAAGUAAUCUUAGAAAUCCAACUGCAGUUCCUCAAAAAGAGUCUUUGCAAGGAAAAAGUGAUUCUGUCCAGAAUUCAGAGACGUCUAUAAGCCACCAAGUGGAUAAGAAGAUGCAAAAAUCGUCAGUCAGUGGUUCUCCAAACAAUGAUAAAAGGGCUUUAGGAGGAGUUACACAAAGUAAUAAAGGCACUGUAACCAAGCUAAGUCGUAGGCGGGUGUCCUGCAAAGACUUAGGUAGACCUGAUUGCGAUGGAUGGCUAUGGAAGAGAAAAGAAAAUGUCAGCUUUAUGUCCCAAAGGUGGAAACAUUGCUGGUGUGUUCUUAAGAAAGAUCGAUUGUAUUGGUACAACUUACCACAGGAUGAGAAGGCCCUGGGACUGCUAAACAUUUCUUCAUAUAGUUUAGAAAGCUCACAGGGGACAAAACCCAAAAAGAAGUAUGAAUUUCAACUCUCCCACCCAACGUACAAGCCAUUUAUAUUUGCUGCAGACAAUCUUACUGACAUGCAAAAGUGGGUAACAUUUCUCUUAAAAGCACUGCAAAAAUAUAAACCUCCACCUCCAAGUUCUAGUCCUUCACAUGAAGACUGUUACAGUGAGACAGAAGCUGAAGAUGAUGAAGUCAAAUCACAUGAUACAUUAAAGAAGCUUUUGGUACAGUCACCUUCCAAGAGUUUACCUGUGUCAAAGCCAUCACCUCGUGAGGAAGGAGCUGAAGGUGGACCCUUUCCAAAAUCUAUUAAUGCCCAAGGGGCAGAAGGUGGAAAUUUGCCACAAUCAAUAAUUGAUGAUGAUCUCCAGAUAAUGAUGACUUGCCUGAAACAAGGAGGUGUUUCUCUUAUUGGUAAGAAGACUGCAAUGACACAGGAUGAAUAUAGGAAAUCUUUUAAAUGCCGCAACAAGAAUCCUGAGAUAAACCGUAAAGCACACACUUUACGUGUUCUCCAAAGCACACUGAAGGCAAAGCUUUUGGAGUUGCAAUCUCUCAACCAAGUCCUGGAGAAUCCAGACCUAAACUCUACUACAUUUCAGAAAUGGAGGUCUGAGCAUGAACAUCUCUAUGGCAGUCUUGGGACCAGUCCUCAGGCACAGAGAGCAGAAAAGAAGGAUAAAAGUAAAAAGGACAGCAGAGAGAGUGAAGAAAGUGACUGACUGUUUAGGACAGUAAAUAAAUAGUACAUGAUAUUUGACAGUUCACCCUCAUUGUAAUGGAAUUAGCUAUUAUAAAAAGGACAUUCUUUUUACAUUGUUUAUAUCUGGAUCUAAAAGUGCCACAGAUGCUUACUACGUCUAUAUUGUCUGACAGUUCAGUUAGAAUUAUUAGUUCAUCUAUUGCAAUAGUUAAAUACCAUUCUAACAUCGCAUCACUAAUGCUACAGCCUAGACAAAUAGAAUUAAAAUUUUUAAUUUUUUUGCAUCAGAUGUGCUUCACUUUGGAGCAGAGAGAGUGGCCCUGCCCUGUGAGUAGGAGGCUACAGUUCCCAUGAUGCAUUGUUGACUUUUUCCCCGAUAUAUUUCCCUUCCCAUGCAUUUCACUGGUUGCUGAAGAAAGAGAUGCUCAAUGCUGAUCCCCCUGCAUUUCUUUCUAAUUACCAUAAUUUGCUUAACUGCUGAAAAGAUUUUAUUCCUAAUAUAUUCAAAGUUUUUACUUUUAAGUUAGUCAAAUUUUAUAUGAUGGAAUACCCUUUUAAAUCCAUCAUUGUCUUUCUUUGAAGAUACUUUAAUCCAGUCUGCUCAGAGGUGCACAAAUGUGUCUGCUCUCCAUAAAUCAGUGUAUCAGGCCAUAAUGGGAUUGAGCCAUUUUAGUCUGAUCAAAAGAUCUUGUUCACAUUUACGAGAGGCUUUGUACUUUACCAAAAAAACAGACAGGUAUACCCUGGAAUGCAAUUGACUGCAGGAGUUUUAAAGGUGAAGACCUGCUGUUGUGACAACAUUUAUAUAUCAUAUUUAUUUACAACCUUAAUAUGAAAUAUUCUGUACUGUUAUCAAGCAAAUGUUUUAUCUAUAACAAAGCUGAUUUUAGUAGAUAAUUUGUUUUUAAUAGCCUCAGUUAACAAGACAGUGAAAGGUUUCAAAGAAACUUUGAACAUGUA